AAAGUAACACUUUUAAAUGAAGCACAAUACUUUUUACACACUUUUUAUAAACAUCUGCGAUUUGCAUUUUCGGAUCAGCUUAAAAAUAUGCAAAAUAUGUUCAAAGUGAAUCUAUUUCGACAUUGGAUGGACAGCGGAUAUCAAAAGAUCUGCUCAUUCAGAGAAGAACAUAUCCGCGAUUAUUGGGAUUAUGUUAUGGAAUUCUCCAUGGGUCGCUACGAAAAGUUCUCACUGAUGUUUUGGUUUGUCCUUGGCAUGAGUUUAUUCGGUGCCUAUUGCAGCAUUCGAGAAUAUAUUCACAUCUAUCGGUAUCCCAAUUGCACUCUGAGCAUGUCGCGGCCAAGACGCUUCAAUGUUUUCAGUUCACAAAUGCUGCGCAAGGCUCGACUUUGUGGCGCCCUGCUUAUGUGUUAUUGCUGGCUGCUUUUGGUCUAUGGUCUGCUGAGUGUGAAACCGUAUUUUCUGCUGCCAUGGUUAUUCGUGAACUCGAUUGUGCUCAAGCUGGAUAUUCUGCUGUGGAUUGUGGAUCUGGUCACUGGCCGCGUGCAGCUGCAAUCGAAGACGCUCUAUGCGAUACUGCGGCUGAUCUGCAGCCUUGCGUUGGUCAACUGUGUGCGAAAGGUUUUUGAUAAUGCCAUUAAAAGCAACCUGGUCGAAGCGUUUCGAUUCUUUGGCUUAACGCGCUGACGACAAAUUUUUACCAAAAUUAAAAAAAAAAAGUUAUAUAUACAUAUAUAUAUUAAACUGAAAACAAGAUCUCUCAGAA